AAUAAUUGAUAUACUAAACAACGAAACUAGUAGUGGUGGUACAUUAAUUAUUCAUGAAACUUUCUUAUUUUUCCAAAUAAACUGAUGGGGAGACAUUCAUGUUGUUACAAACAGAAACUGAGGAAAGGACUUUGGUCUCCUGAAGAAGAUGAGAAGCUUCUUCGUUACAUCACUAAGUAUGGUCAUGGUUGCUGGAGCUCUGUCCCUAAACAAGCUGGUUUGCAGAGAUGUGGAAAAAGCUGUAGAUUAAGAUGGAUAAAUUAUUUAAGACCAGAUUUGAAGAGAGGAGCAUUUUCUCAAGAUGAAGAAAAUCUCAUUAUUGAACUUCAUGCCGUUCUUGGCAAUAGGUGGUCUCAGAUAGCUGCACAGCUGCCUGGUAGAACCGACAAUGAAAUCAAGAAUCUUUGGAAUUCUUGUUUGAAGAAGAAAUUGAGGCUGAGAGGAAUUGACCCGGUUACACACAAGCUCUUAACCGAAAUCGAAACCGGUACAGAUGACAAACCCAAACCGGUUGAGAAGAGUCAACAGACCUACCUCGUUGAGACUGAUGGCUCCUCUAGUACCACUACUUGCAGUACUAACCAAAACAACAACACUGAUCAUCUUUAUACCGGGAAUUUCGGUUUUCAACGGUUAAGUCUAGAAAACGGUUCAAGAAUCGCAACCGGUUCCGACCUCGGCAUCUGGAUUCCCCAAACCGGAAGAAACCAUCAUCAUCAUGUCGAUGAAACCAUCCCUAGUGCAGUGGUGUUACCCGGUUCAAUGUUCUCUUCCAGUUUAACCGGUUACAGAUCAUCCAAUCUCGGUUUAAUUGAAUUGGAAAACUCAUUCUCUACCGGGCCAAUGAUGACAGACCAUCAGCAACUUCAAGAGAGUAACUAUAACAAUUCAACAUUCUUUGGAAAUGGGAAUCUGAAUUGGGGAAUAACAAUGGAGGAAAAUCAAAAUCCAUUCACAAUAUCGAAUAAUUCGUUACAGAAUCAUUCAAAUUCGUCGUUAUACAGUGAUAUAAAGUCAGAGACCAAUUUUUUUGGUACAGAGGCUACAAAUGUUGGUAUGUGGCCAUGUAACCAGCUCCAGCCUCAGCAACAUGCAUAUGGCCAUAUAUAAAUCUUCUUGUAUAUUUUAAGGUCACGAUUCACGAGAAAAUCAAUUCUUUUGCGAAAA